AGCCUGCUCUCUGUUAUAAUAAGUACAGUAUCCCUAGGCUCCUGUCCCUAGCUUGCAUCAGCAGCUCAGGAUUACAUUAUGGCCAGUAUAAAGGUUGCAGUAGUCACAGGGGGCAAUAAGGGGAUUGGGCUGGCUGUAGUCAAAUCCUUAUGCAAGCAGUUCAGGGGGGAUGUUUAUCUCACAGCCAGGAACCCAAAACUGGGGGAGGAAGCUGUCAAGGCCCUGGAGAAGGAAGGAUUGUCCCCCCACUUCCACCAGUUGGACAUCACUGACCUGCCCAGCAUCCAGGCUCUCAGGGAUUUCCUAAAGGACAAGUAUGGGGGCAUUGAUGUACUCAUCAACAACGCUGGCAUUGCUUUUAAAGUUGCUGACACUACUCCGUUUGGUACCCAAGCUGAAGUCACAAUGAAAACCGACUUCUAUGGCACUAGAGAUGUUUGCAAGGAACUGCUGCCACUAAUUAAGCCUCACGGGAGAGUGGUCAAUGUGUCCAGCAUGAUCAGCUACAAUUCUUUGGGACGUUGCAGCCCAGAGUUACAGAAGGUCUUUCGUAGUGAGUCGAUCACUGAGGAGGAACUGGUCAAACUUAUGGAAAAGUUUGUAGAAGAUGCCAAGCAAGAUGUACAUCAAAAAGAAGGCUGGCCAAACACUGCUUACGGAACAUCUAAAAUAGGAGUGACUGUGCUCUCCAAGAUCCAAGCAAGAGAAUUAGACGCAACGAGGAAAGGGGAUGGAAUCCUACUUAAUGCCUGUUGUCCAGGGUGGGUGAGGACCGAUAUGGCGGGUCCAAAUGCUCCAAAGUCUUCAGAUGAAGGUGCCGAGACUCCCGUUUAUCUGGCUCUCCUGCCGCCUGAUGCAACAGCACCUCAUGGGGAGCUAGUUUGCGAAAAGAAAGUGGUAAAGUGGUAACAAUAUGUGUUGGCUUACUAGUGGGUCAAAUGAGAUUUGGAACUACUUUGUUUAUAUGCUAAUUCCCAUACAAUUUUAUCAGCCACCUCGUGUGUUCAUGCCUGCCUUUAUUUGUUUCUGUGUGCUGCAGUCAAUUAUUGUUUGAUUGCCUCUUUGCUAGUUUUACAAAACAUCCUUGCCUCUACUCAUUGCUCUUUGAUGUGUAUAGUUUGUUGUCUUGUUUUUAACUUUUUCAUAAAAAAAAAAUAAAGAAUACUUAAAACAGUG